AUGAUACUGAAGCAAGGGUCUUUUCUGUGGUACCUUUACCUGGACAAAAUUUACUGCUUGUUGUCUUUGAGAAAUGUGAAGGCCUUGAUAGAGUAUUUUCACCUUCUGGACGCACACCGAAAGAACACCUUGAAUGAUGUGCUGUUUAUCCAUUUCCUCCACCAUGUGACUAACUUGAAAACCACACAGAUCCAGAAGGUAUUUGACAUGAUGGACUGGACAGCUGUUGGAGAGAUUGGUUUUGACCAGUUCUAUGUGUUGGUUUGCAUAGUGCUGUCACAUCAGAAUCAUCUGGAAGAUCAGUUCAUGUACCGCCAUUCCCGGCCAGUUUUUGACCUGCUUGACUUGGAUGGGGAGUUGAAAAUAGGUGCAUCCAAUUUUCAAAUGUACAGAUUUCUCUUCAACAUUAAAAAGCAGGAACUCCGAGAGCUUUUCCAUGACUUUGACAUCACAGGUGACCGACUGCUUAAUUACAAGGAAUUUAAGCUGUACACAAUCUUCUGCACUGACAAAGCCGUAGACAGGAAAAAAAGGAGGAAAGAAAGACAGGAAGAGAGAGAGAGAGAGAAAAGGAAAGAGAAAGAGAAGGAGAAAGAGAAAGAGAGAGAGAAGUAUCAUCAUCUAAGGAAGAUGUUUUCGACUGGGCUAACCCAGAGGAGUCGGAGUCUGAGUCUCCUUUGA